CAUGAAGUUCUGCUGUGGAGAUUUGCUGUGAUGUAGAUGACAGUCGGUGGAUUGUCAGUGAGAUGUUAUAUAUACUCGGCUCUGUCUGCGGACGCUGACAGGCGAUUAUCGACACUCCGUAUUACCAUAUGAUUAACUAACAUCUAUAAAUAACACCGACACUUUUUGUCUCAAGGAGCUGAUAGCCUGCAGAUCAACAGGCAAUCAAUUGAGAAAAGCAGUGACACGCAAUUAGACUGUAAUACACGUUUUUAGUCACACAAAAAAAUGGCGAUUUAAUACGGGGUUUAUUUAGAAGCGUUUGGAGUAUUUCAUCAAUAACGAAAUGAGGUUGUAAUAAUUUGUAAUAGUAUGUGUUUUAAAGCCUGCAGUGUUUUCAUAGACGACUGAUGCUGAGCUGUAGUGAUCAACAACAGUCGUUUAGAUAAUUUGAGCCAAUCAGAGGAGGGGAUGACAGCUACCUUCAUUACGUCAUUAGAAGAUAUGUCUGCUGUUAACCGUUGUAACGGUCGGCCCGGUGUUUACCUGUGGCCGGUUAUCGCUGUUAAACACCGCUUAAAUUUACAGAGCAGGGGUCCUGGGUUGUGAUUUCUUCCAAGCAAGACGUUCGUUUUAAUCCUCAGCCGAGCGAGGCGAGCUUACCCCGGCUAGAGGAGGAAGUAGGCGGGAUCUGCAGCCUCCAGCUGCUCCGCCAUUGGCUUUAACUGCCUCCACAUUAUGUUUUAAAUGUCUGGCGGUGAAGAGCUGCGUAUGAGAAAACACACAAAGCUAGCGGGUGCUGUUUAGUUUCCAAACGGAGAAGAAGAAGAAGAUGGUGACCAAGAGGAUCCGCUCUGAGUACAUGAAGAAAUUCAAAGACCCCAAAUGGGAGACCUACACCAAAUGUUACGAGGAGAUGCUGAAGUACAGGCUGACCCGCAGGCUGCUGGAGCACACACACAACCCCUGGUUCUGGAGCGGCUCCGACAGCGACUCGGACUCCGGAGGAAGAAGCCCUCCUUCUCCUCCUCCUCCUCCUGCUCCUCCCAGCAAGAACCAGGUCCGGUCUGAGGCCAGCAGAGACGGGGCAGAGGCUGAGCUGGAGGACACAGCUGUACCCAGGCUUCUCCUUCCAGAGGAGGGGGAGGGUGGGUCAGUUCAACAGCCUCCAGUCCAAGGUUCCCAGCUAGAUGGAGCCAGAGAGCCAAGAGUACCAGAGGAGGAGAGGGAGGAGAGAGAGGAGCAAAGAGCCAGCAGCAGAGGCAGUAAAGAGAGAGACCCAGGAGGUCCCCAACCACAGCAGAACAAACCCCCUAAAAUGUCCAAACGAACAUGGCGGUCCCAGCGGGUCAGGCCUGCACCAGCACCGCAGCCCAGGGAGGACAGUAAGGACAGCAAACAUCCUUUCGCUCUAUACGGUUCAGGGGAGAAGGACGCAGACAUUGCAGGCAGGAAGACACACAAUGUGGGCCCUUCCGCUUCGACUAAUCAGAUCCAUGAGUCAGCUUUACGUGCUAAGACCAGACGGGAGGUGGAGCGCCAGAUCCAGACUCAGAGAACCGAACGCCGGAGAGCCAAGUCUGCCGAUCUGGACAAGGCCAGAAAGCUUGUUCAACCUGAGUUCAACCCCUGGCUCACUGAAUACAUGCGCUGCUUCUCAGCUCGCUCUCGAUGAAGCACACACGCACAUACACACACACACACACUCAGCUGAAAUAGUUACAUCAUCAAGAUGAUUUCAGAACAUUAAAAAAACAAAGAAAUGAAGCCAUUAUUGCCUAACACCUCUAACGUUAAAAUAUCCACAGAUGUACGAUCAUACAAAGGGAGGAUUGAUUUAUACGGAGGCUCUUAAAUGUAAAUCACUCUCACAUCAGGAUGUAAACUGACAAAACCUUGAACAUUGAAAUUCACUGUGUGGCUUAUUCCCCAAGAAGUGUACUAAUAUGUUUUGUAUGAAAAUCAAUUUUAAUAUAUUAAUAUAUACAUUGAGAAACAUUUUAAAAGUUAGAAGAGACUCUUAAGAUAAAUUAUUUUAAUAUGAUGACAUUAUCAAUGGAUACGUUUACAUUAUACAGAUAUUUAGAUGAACUUGAAGAGUCUAAAAUGCAUUUUACAGCCAUACUUUGAUCCAGUCCCUUUAAACACAUGCUACAGUACAUCAGAUGUGUCUGUAGAUUUUAUACUGAGGUGUUUCACUACAUUGGAUACACAAUGAAGGCACAUGGCAGCGGGUCCAUAUAGAUUUAGCCACGUUCUUGAUAAUGUUUCUAAGAAAAGAUGUUAGAAUAUGAAUGUGAAGAAUGUACAACGCAUCACUUAUUGUAUACAGAUAAACAGUACAUACACACACAAUCAGAUAGUACACAUUCCAAAAAAAUGUGUUCAGCAUAGUGAGAUGCUUAAUCAACAAAGGUAUUCUUUAAAUUAUGGAGCUUUUGCCGUGAAUAGACUCUCUUCUUUGUGCUGAAUUCAAAGUAUUGAACGACAUACAGACGUGUGUCUAUUAACAGUUUUACAGCUUUUAAUAUUCAGAUCACACACUGCUGUGAACUGGUUCUUGUAGAUUUAACGGUUUGUGUAACAGUUUAACAGAUAGAUCCUCACGGACUCGGUGACAGAUAGUGAAUCUACUGACAGUCAAACUCAAACUGUGUUUAACAUUACAGUUGUGUGAUGUAGCUCAAUAACACUUUUAUGUGUUAUUGACUUUAUAACAACAGUUGUGUUUGAUCUUUAGUUGUAUCAAUGUGCUUGUACAGUAAUCGAUCAACCUGUUAACUAACGGAGUCUGAAAAAGAUGAUGAUGAGACUUUUAAAGCCACUGGAUGACUGUGAGCUGUGUGUUUCUGGGAUUUCUUUUAUACAUUCAUUGGUUGUUUGAAUCUUUUCAACCAGUUUUAAUGUAACAUUAAAAAUCACGUAAUUUAAGUUCACUUUGAAACAUAACAGUGAACAUUUAAAGCUGCAUUUAUUUAUCAUUAAUUGUUAGUGAUUAUACUUUAGAGGUAAAACAACAAGGAUGGACAUGAAGCCACAGCACCACUUUUAUAAAUAUGGUUCAAGUAUAUGGGUUCAUAUUGCUAAUUUACUGCUUACUGGGUAAAGCAGCAUCUGCUUUAAAGAGUGACCAAAACAGACAGCACUUUGAUCAGUCACCUGCUGACAUCUUAUUUGUACAGAACACCUUGCUAAAUAUUUGGGUUUUUUGUGUAUUUAAUUCACUGUUUGACACUCUGUGUUUCUGUUUGUAUGUUUAUAUGAAUUUAUUGAGCACCAGACAAUGUUGUUCACACUUCAGCCAAAAAUGGACUUUUAAUCCUUUCUGUGAUAGAUUUGACCUUUUCAUGACUGUCAAAACUGUUGGAAAAUAGAUCCCACUUAUAGUAAUUUUCAUGUUUUAACUAAUAAUGAUAAAAUCAGCUCUGUGCCAUAAAAAUUUGGAAGAAAUUCAUGUGUUUCCUUUGCAACUAUAGUUAGUAACGUUAGCACAGUAUAAAGGAGAUGGGAGGACAGGAGGCUUUACAGCAGUAUAUUUAAAACAUUCUUUGUGUUUUUCUGUUACGCCUCUUAAGUUCAGUAUUACUUUACUGAGUUGUAUUUUGUUAGAUUUAGUUUUCUAGUGUUUUUAAAAACUAUACUGCAAUGUAGAGCUGAAAGAAUAGAACUUGCCUCAAACAAAAGAUGUGAAAUUUUGUGCAAUAUUAUGAUAUUUUAAAUAGUUUGUUUGUAGUUGUUGUGAACUUUGACAACAUCAGAAAAUGUGAGCUAAACAAGACAGUUAAUUACUAAUAUAUUGCUUCAUUAGUUGGUUAAUAGGAUUAAACUUUGUAGUCAAGAACCUGUAGAGACAUUUAAUGUUUUGCAAGGAGAGACUUUACUACGUCACCUUCUAUAGGUUUAUUUAGUGAUGUACAGUUUCACCUCAAAAUAAUCCUCCCUCUCUAAAAUUUUAAUCAGGGGUAAUGGUGAGAAAAUAGAUAUUAUGGUUAAUAAAAAUAACAAACAUCAGAAGUACUGAAGUUGCAAUGUACUGUAAAAUUUCUUUCAUUUUUGUUUACAUUUCAUGCUUUCAACAUACUGUAUGGUUUAGAGGCUAAAUGCUGUUGUGUGAAGCUUGUAAUAAAUCAAUGGAUUAAUAAAACAAUCUAAAAUGA